GUUACUUCUGAACCUAAACGAUAUAUCCAAUUUAUGAAUUCUAUUAUAUAUCAAUACUAUAAAAAAUUCCUUGGAGCGUACGAUAUACUUCGAUGACUGAUAAGUACAAUGCCUACGCAGAAUACAACAACACUUAGAGGGACACCAAACGCUGACCAACAUCAUAACUCACUCGACAGUGGUGCCGUUACAGCCAUCGUGAUAACAGCCUUGAUCGUUUUAGCCGCUGUUGUCGUGGCCUACUGGUACAUCGUACGUCRAAAGCAACCACGACAGGUGACACUAACAAUGAGACGAGCCCAACGRAUAAAGCGCUUAGAUGCUUUGCACAUAGAUGUAGAGUACUCCAAUACCAUCCUUGAUUCUCCCACAACUGAUCGCUUGAGUGAAGGCUACUCUAACCUAUGUUCGGACAUUUCAUUGGAUCAAGAAUUGCAGACUAAAACAGUGAGCAGUACUGAUCAUCAUCUUAGCCCAUCGGAAAAGCCUCAGGAUAACGACAUCACAGAUUUGGAUAAAAUCACAGACAGCGAUGCAAUUAUUUCUGAUAAUUUAAACGAGGUUKAUGGAAGUUUAACAAAUGCAAAAUGUUCUAGUGAAGAACAGAGUGACGAAGAAAUAAAGCCAGUACCACCUGAACGGUUCGAUUKUGAUAGCCAAAGCACCAACAGCUCCGAAAUCAAAUUCACUCUAGCAGUACUGAGAAAUGAAGAAAUGACUGAAGAGCAUUUACAUGAUGAAAAUCCUGGAAUCGAUUUUUCUGUUCGUGAAAGGAAUAGUGAUAAAGAAGAAGGUACUGAACUGGCCGACAACGAUCGUGAAUCGUUAAUUGCAAAACAAAAUGUUACGUCUUUUGAGAACCAAGGCUUGGAGGUCACUGAUUAAUUUUAAUCUGAGAUAGGAGGAGGGGCGAGUUAGAGCUACAAAAUAGAAAGGUUGGACCUAAAGGCGGCUGGUUUUCAUUAGCGACGGAAAUCGGAUUCGGGAUCGGAGUCAACUUUGGAAGAAGUGAAAACCCAAARAAGGAAUCCGAAUCGGAGUCGG